UUCGUUACGGCUUCCAGCAUUUCAUUCGUUAAUAUAUCAAAUACCCUUUUAUACACCCAAUCAGUCAAGGUAUUAUAUCGCAAGUAAAAUAGCAUAGCCAUUAGCGUACUCGAGGGCAAAUUGGACGCACGAUGUCUUUCUCGCCGCCACCCACUCCUCCACCCCCUCCCCACAAUGCUUUCAAUGGUCUAUCUAUGGAAGAGCGAUGGGCUCGGCAUCUUCGCAACCGUCAAAAUAUGAUCUCAGGGGUCGGAACUUCAGCUACGGUUGAGCAGCAGAAUUGGCAUCAUGAACAACUCUGGGGUCAAUCGACUACUACACGACACCCACUAAGCCCAGCGCUGGUUUGGUCACAACUUCGUAAGCUGCUAGCUGGACAAAUUCCCCUUGGGGUGAUGGGAUUUUUGAGCAAGUAUGCAAGAGAACACGAACCAAGCGAAUAUCAUGGGCCAGAGGCAUCUCCAUACCGAUACAGCGAACGGCGAAACCGCUUUGAAUUUAUCGAUUCGCCCUCACCCUCGCUUGAUAGAUCAGACUCGCUUUCGUCUGUAGAGACGGUCGUGUUUACCGACGGAGCGUCAAUAUAUACUAUUCAUGCGGAAGAUAAUAGGCCUGUAAACAGUCUGGGUCGGUGGAUAAAUAAUGCGCGCGGGCAAUCAAGGGAUAUCUCGUUCUACGAAUUGAUGAAGACGGUUAUUCGUAAAGCUUAUGCACUCUUUAUCACCACCACUGACGCUGCGACUCAGACCACCCCAUCCAAUAGCAAUGGCACCUAUAUCAUCAGUGACCCCAAUGUGUCUAUUGAUGGUAUUCAAGCUAAUAUAAAUGGCCGCACUAGCGGUACUGUUUUAGCUGUUGGAGAGGGCGUGGGAGAAAGUGUUGGUAUUUCUACUCAAGCACCUAGUGGUCAUAUCCGAUGGUCUGAUAUCGAAACCACACGUUCUAUGACUGAAAACCCCACCGCCGUUCGUCAAGGCAGUAACAAUAACGGAAAGGGAAACAUUCCUGUUGCAUGCCUUGCCUUGAGCGUCCCCAAUCAUUUGGGCACGGUGAAUGGACAUGUAUCGACACCGAAUGUGGUCGUUACGGAAGCGUCAUCACCUCCGGCAUCCCUUAAUGACGCAGUUGAUACAAGUCCUACGAGAACCCCAGUUCAUACUAGAGUCUCUAGUCCUACUGGAGAAUCCGCUACUAACCCUGCAUUGGGGGCUUAUGCAUCCUCUCCAAAUCCGGUUACGAAUAAUCAACAUCGACCACCCAACGGCCCCUCACUAGGGUCUGCCGAGACUUUAGUUAACGAGGCAUCUGCCGACCGCUGCGGCGAAGCUCACACCUCUAGUUUGCACGAGGAAGAAUCCUCAACUGGUACCGAUACAUCUACGCUUGAACAGCAACCGCAAAGCGAGGGCGUAACUGAUAACAGAGUACUACCUGCGGACUGGACACAUGUUUUCCAUGAGAUGACUCCUUUCGAGCGGGAAUUAGAUCUUGCUAUGGUGCCGGGACUGCAACCACGACCUGGGCCUGAGCUACCGCCGGCGUACCAGCUGGAGGCACCGCCGGAGUACCAGCCGGGGCCCUAGAUAGAACUCCUGCCGAUACAGGGAGGUACCGCAAACCAGCCGCCGGGAC